GCACGAGGGUCCCACGAACGGAGGAGCUCGAACGUGCAGAUCACCAGCAUCAUGGAGGAGGGCAAGCUGUCGCCAGUGCUGGACGGCCACCCGUCGCUUCGCAUGCCCAGUCCGCUGAUCACUCGCCGAACGCGCACCCAGUCCACGUCUGACCGCGGCAUGCGUAACCCGGACCAGAGCGGCACCAUCGUCAGCUUCUGCCGCACCAAGGGCCACGGCUUCAUCCGGCCCGACGAGCCACGCCCCGGCGAGCCGCUCAUUUUCGUCCACGUGUCCGACGUGGAGGGCGAGUACAUUCCGGUGAAGGAGGACCGCGUGACGUUCCGGCUCUGUCAGAUCCCGCCCAAGAUGGAGCGCAGCCAGGCCAUCCACGUGCGCAUUAUCAACUUUUGCCACACCAAACACCACAAGUGGAACGACCCGCCGUCGGCCGAGGAGAAGACCGAGGACAGCGCCACCUUCGUCAACUGAACGCCGGACGGGUGGUGGCCGGCGGCCGUCGCGCCGACCGCACCCUCC